AACACCGCGGUGAACGGAUACAUUUCCCGGUUAUGAUCCCGUUAAAGCGCAGGAAAGUGUCUGUGCCGGUAAAACAGCAGACUGGCAGCUGUAAAUAUCCUCAGGUCUGCAUCUUCAUCCUGGAGAGGAAAAUGGGAGCGUCUAGAAGAGCGUUUCUCACCCGGUUAGGAAGAAGCAAAGGGUUUCUCAUUGAAGACUCGUACAGCUCCUCUGUUACUCAUGUGGUGUCGGAGAACAGCAGCGCAGCAGAGGUUCAGGCCUGGCUGGAGAAACACACACGCGCCUCUUCCUCCGAUCACCUGCUGGAGAAGCACACACACGCAGCCUCAUCCUCAUCUGUUCACCUGCUGGACAUCUGCUGGUUCACGGAGAGCAUGGAGGCCGGUGAGCCCGUACCUGUGCAGCACACACACACACUGCAGAUUAACCCAGAGCUCAACGGCGAUGGCGCUGAAAUACUGAUGAAAAGUUACGCCUGUCAAAGACGAACGCCUCUAAAGCACCACAAUGCAUUCCUGACGGAAGCUCUUGAAAUCUUGGCUCAGAAUGCAGAGUUUAAUGAUAAUGAGGGCCGAAGCGUGGCGUUCAGACGAGCGGCUUCAGUCCUGAAGGCUCUCCCACAUCGGGUGAAGAGUAUGGAGGAUCUGCGGUGUUUGCCCUGCCUUGGGGAUCAUUCACAGAGGGUUAUAAAGGAGAUUUUAGAAGACGGUUCAUCAAGAGAAGUGGAGUCAACAAGACAGUCGGAGCAGUUUCAGGCCAUGAAGGCUCUGACUGGUGUUUUCGGGGUCGGUGUGCGGACGGCUGAUCGCUGGAUUAGAGAAGGUUUACGAACUCCAGAUGAUUUAAUUCGCACAGGACAACAGCUGAACCGUGCACAGCAAGCAGGUGUGCAGUAUUACUCUGAGCUCCAGCGGGCGGUGACGCGGGCGGAGGCUGAGCUGAUCAUGGCUAUAGUGGAGGCGGCUGUGAAUUCGGUGCUGCCUGGAUGUCAGAUCCAGCUCAUGGGCGGCUUCAGGAGGGGGAAGGAAGUUGGUCAUGAUGUGGACUUUCUCAUCACACAUCCGGAGGAGGGAAAGGAGGAAGGACUGAUGUUGAAAAUCAUCAGCUGGCUGGAGGAGCAGGGUGUGCUGCUGUAUCAGAAGACCACCAGAAACUCGUAUGUGGAGCGUCUGGAUGGGCCGGCGCGCUCAGCCAGCAACAUGGACCGAUUUGAGAGAUGUUUCUCCAUCUUUAAACUUCACUCAUCUGCAUCUCGAUCUGGAUCUGCAUCUACAUCUGAAUCUGGAUCUGCAUGUGACAGCGGCUGCAGAGCGGUGCGGGUGGAUCUGGUGGUCAGUCCCUUCAGUCAGUUUGCCUUCGCCACGCUCGGGUGGACCGGAUCAAAGCUGUUUGAGCGGGAGUUGAGGAGGUGGGCGGGGCAAGAGAAGCAGAUGACCUUGAGUAGCCACACCCUCUACGACAGCAAACAGAAUCUGUACCUCCGGGCACAAACAGAAGAGGAGAUAUUUGCACAUUUGGGUCUGGAGUUUAUUCCUCCGUCCGAACGCAACGCCUGAAGCCCAGUUCCUCCCAGUAUCAGCUCCGUUAUGAUGGGUGUUCUGCAACAUUAUGAUGCACACUCUUUGUAAAUGCUGAACAGGAAUGAGAAAGACUCUCGUAGUGUUUUACCUGAGACUGCUUCUGGAUAUAAGGAAGAUGAUCAUCUGACACAAUCUGAUGCUUUAUUUGAUUAAAUAUGUGAAUGAAAGCUCA